GGCUCCUUCAGCCGCACCGUUUUCACCGACAGCCGCCGCGCCGGCCCGCAGUACCCCAGCGAGCGCGCAGAUAAUGAAAUACUUUCCAGUUUACCACUACAGAUGUCCCUCUAUUUCAGCGUUUACUUUUUCCCAUUUUGGUGGCUCAGCACAGUUGUUAUGCUCCAGCUGAAGUAUCCAGUCUUGUCAGAUUACUACAAAUUCAUCCUGGUCACAGUCAUGAUCCUGACUUCUCUAAUAGAGGUCAUUCGACUCUACCUGGGAUACAUGGGCAACCUGCAGGAGAAGGUCCCUGAGCUGGCUGGGUUUUGGCUCCUGACUCUCCUUCUGCAGUUACCUGUAAUUCUCUUCUUGCUAUUUAAUGAAGGUCUGAAAAUUCAGCCAUUGGAAAGAUCAGUUAAUAUCAUCUUUGCCCUCUUCCUCAUCUUCCAAGUUAUUGCAGCCUUUGUCACCCUGAAAAGAAUGGUAAACAAACUGGCAACUCACUUCCACCUUAAUGAAUUUGACAGGCUAGAGGAACACCCCGUGCGUCAUCGUUAUGGCCCGAGUAAAGAAGAAAAUAUACUUCCCAUGGCUACUAUGGGCCCAUGCUGAGGAGCUUCAUACAACAACUUUGUGCUGGGGAUCAAGCAUUUAGUGCCUGAGACACUAACAGAAGCAGGCCUUAUGAUGCUACAACUCUGUUCCAUUUUCUUGGAUCAUUAUCUAUAUUUCUACUUCAGAGACAUUAAGAAAUAGACCGUAAGUGCCAACAUUAAACCUCAGAGUUGAGCUCCACUCUGCAAGAAAAAUCAAAGCCAAUGAUGUAAGUUGCUGAGCGGACCAAUUAAUUUGCACACUGUUACUGGGUAAAGCACCUACAGGGUAGGUUUGGUGGGUUUUACAUUUUAAAAAGUCACAUGCCAUUUCUAAAGAACAGAAAUCUAUUUUCCUAACUGUUUGCACACAGACAUAUUUUGUUUACAAUAAAUCCUUUUUGUAUGUUUGCAUUUA